AUGUAACAGGCACAGCCGCACACUGGCGCAGCUUGCAGUGGGGCAGCCGCACGCCGAUCUUCGCGGCACCGCCGCUGCGCCUCCGCCCCCGCCUCCACCCCGAGCAUCCCGACGGGCGAGGGCGGUGGAGACCAACCUGACUGGCACAGGAGACUACGGCGAGCCCUCCUCUCCCCCCGCGCCAACGUGUCCUUACAGCGACACAGCACCUGCGGCUGCUCGUCCUCCUCCCCAAGCAAAGAAGCCGGGACAACAGGGAGCAUGGAUAAGGAGGAGAAUAAGGAAGCAUCAGUGAGCAUUAGCAACAAUGACACAGACACCAAUGAUUUUGAGGAUGACGACUAUGAUGAUGAUGAUGGGAAGCACACCGUGGCGCUUGGUCCUCAGGUUCCCCUCAAGGACCACCUUGAGCUCGACAAGGAUGAUGACAGCCUAAGGAGGUGGAAAGAGCAGCUCCUUGGAGAUGUUGAUACCACUAAGCUUGGAGAGACUGCAGAACCAGAGGUGACCAUAUUGAAUUUGACCAUCCUAAGUCCAGAGCGACCGGAUCUGGUUCUGCCGAUCCCACUUGUGCUGGAUGACAAGGGGUACGCAUUCGCGCUCAAGGAUGGGAGCACCUACAGUUUCCGCUUCUCCUUCACUGUCUCCAACAACAUUGUGUCUGGUCUCAGAUACACACACAACGUCUGGAAGACUGGAGUAAGAGUGGAAAAUCAGAAGGUGAUGCUGGGGACCUACAGUCCUCAGCAGGAGCCUUACACAUACGAGGCCGAGGAAGAUACGACACCAAGCGGCAUCUUUGCAAGGGGUUCAUAUUCUGCAAAGCUGAAGUUCGUGGACGAUGAUGGGAAAGUCUACCUGGACAUGAGCUACUGCUUCGAGAUCCGAAAGGAUUGGCCAGCCUCGGCCUGAAACUGAGAAAGAGUGUGAAAACAGGGUUUAGGUGGCAUGUAACAGGGGAUGGAUAUUGGAUAGUCCUGUGUCUUGUGUACGAUUCUCGCUGAGCGACGGCGUGGCCCGGCAAUCUGAGCCGGAAGGCCGAAAACAGAAUUCGUUGUGUUGCCUGAUGGGCAUGGCUCGGAAGAAUCCUCGUGAGAUGCUACUUUGAAUCUGUGGAGUUCAUUUGUCCAUUGCUGUGUUGUUUCUGAACCCGCGGAAUGAACUUGCCUGUUACCUCUCA